AUGUGUUCACAACAAUAUAACGAAAACGAACCGCUGGAAUUUUAUUGCGAAGAAUGCAGAGUUCCUAUUUGCCACAAGUGCAGUGUAGUGGGCCAUAAUCGACACACCAUGACAGACACUCAGAAAGCUGCAGAAGUACAGAAGAUGCAAAUGAUGGACGCUUUGGAGAAAGUGAAAGCGGAAACCGUUGUUUACGAGAAAAAAGUAAGGAAACAGACCGAGUUAAUGGACAAGAACAGGAAAGAAAUUAUGUCGUGCGAAAAGAAGAUAACAGAUUUAGUGGAAGAUUUGAUUCGCGAUUUGCUGGAACAUGAGAGGAUCAUGAAAACCAAAUUUGGUGAAAUUUAUGAAGCGCAACGAAAACAUCACGCAACACAACUAGAAAACUUUGAGUUGGUUUUGACUCAACUGAAAAGUUGCGUUGAACGAGGUGAGAGUAUCGUACAAAGAAACAUCAGUGCUGAAAUUCUGCAAACAAACCAAGCUAUUGUUAAACGCUGUGAAGAACUUCUAAAAGCCAGAAAAACUGACAUUUAUCAGCCUUCACACGUAAAUUAUAUGGUUGAACAGAAAGUGAAGAUUUUGGAUCGUAUUGUUGUCAGUGACACAGAUCCUUCGCUGUCGUUGGCUGAAGUGGCAAGUCUGAAAGAUUUAAGAGAAAAAACGGAAACAAAUUUUACCAUUGUAACCCGAAAUUCGGAUGGGGAACAGUGUUAUCAGGAAAAGGAUGUGAUUAAAGUCAACAUAUUGAGUCCCUCAGGUGAUGCACUGGAAACAGAGAUAAAAGACACCAAAGACGACAAGUACACAGUAACAUACACACCACAGUGUGUUGGACAACAUGGAGUAGAGAUCCAAGUAAAUGGACAGCCGCUGACUGAUAGUCCUUGGGUUGUACAGGUGAUUCCAAAUCAGUAUCAAUUUGCGUUUCAAUUUGGAUCAACAGGAAAAAAAUGGAUGCUGCUGUGAAUGAUAAAAGUAGAAUUCUUACUGUUGCUGAUCAUAGUAAUGAAAGAAUUCAGAUGUUUGCCUUUGAAGGAAAUUUCCUCAGAGAGAUUGCACUGAAGGGUGAGCCUCGUUCGUUGGCUUUUACCGAGUCAGGUGACCUCCUUGUCAGUGUUUAUAUUGACUCGUUAAAAUCGCUCAACAGAAGAAUUUUUCUCUUUACUGAAAAUGGUAAGUUUAUUAGAUACUUCGGCGGUGAACAUGUGAAGAAUCCGUGGUACGUAUCUGUUUCCAGUGAUGGUCGCAUUAUCACAAGUGACUCUGAUGACCAGAGAAUCAAAGUUCUUACA